AUGACUACAUCAGCGAUGGAUCCUCCGCCGCAAAAACCUACCCGUGAUCCAGACCCUGAACCAAACAAAACAUCGAAUUCAGAGAGCAAGGAAUUCUCCGCCGUAUCGGAAGUCUCUUCGAUGAACCCUCCGCCUCCCAGGAACCCUUACACAGCUAUUCUAGAGUCGACGGAAGUAGUAAACCCCGAGAUAAUUGAAGAAUCCAAGGACGAUUCCGUCGCUGUAGACGAUAAUAAGCAACCCCGUGUCCGAGUCCGGUCCUUAAUUCAGUACAAGAGAAGUGGAGUUGCCUAUCUAUUCGAUUUUGGAAGCACUCAUGGAACGAUAGUUAACAAGAACAAGGUGGACAAAAGGGUUUUUGUGGAUUUGCAUGUUGGUGAUGUUAUUCGCUUUGGAUAUGAUGUUUCCCUGGAUAUAAACACACGAGGGCCCAGUAAUCUCAUGGGAUUCGCCAAGAAAUUCAAGAAACUGAAGUUUUUCUUGCAAGUGUCCACAGCUUAUGUGAAUGGACGAAGGCAAGGAAGGAUCAUGGAGAAGCCAUUCACAAUGGGAGAUUGUAUAGCAACUGAGAACUUCCUUGAAGAAAAAGAGAAAAGCAUUAGACGUCGGUAG